GUGCCAGAGCGAUGCGAAUCCUUUGAUCCUUGCACCGCAGACAGCCUAAAUGGUGCGCACUUUAUUGUAUGGCGUCUGGGAUCGCAGGAUAAUUGUCGUAAUCAUCAUAACCAGACAGUAAUCCUUCCCCGGAAUGUUGAUUAGAUAUCGCGUUGUAUAUACUACCAGCUGGAGUAUUUAGCUGCUUUGCCAUGUCUAGAUCCAGAGUUUUCUCCUCCGUAGUUGCGCAGCUCAUUCGUGAGUAACUCGACAAUGUUCUCGUGUGCGCUUUUCCAGGCCAAGGACGAUGUACCACUGCCAGCAGAAGACGCUGAAGUGACAGUCAAAGUCAUCGGCACGGUGGGCCGGGGAACGGCGAUCUGCACGUACAGAAUACAGAGAGACGCGGAGGGUUUGGUGCUCUAUGUACCGUCGCUUCUCUCGCUUCCUUCCGUCACGAGACAACACGUUCGCCUCUCUGGAUGCGAAGUGACAGUAGCGCAAAGCUCCGCCGCCGUGACGCACCCUCUCCGGCUCAAAAUCGACGACGCCGACCUCCUACACACUGCGACACCGUCCUGCAACGGCUCCGGCAGCGAGUUGCCCGAGUACGACGAGCUACGGCGACGCUACAAGACGACUGCCUCCAAGCUGUUCGGGUCACAUUCGUACGAGGACGUCCUACUGCACGUGGGAGACCUACCACGAGGAGCCGAGCUGUCCGUUUGUUUUGAGUUUCUGACUCGUUUCUCAUCUUCCAACCAGGUCCCGCCCGUUCAGUACGCUCUUCGCCACAGCCUACCGUCGCUCCGCUGCUCCUACAACCUACUCCUGGCGGCCCUGUGCCCCGUGGUGGACGUCACAACGGCUGGCUCCCCUGCCUCUUUCUCCUGGGAGUACAUAUACGGCGGGAAACAGCACAGAAAUUUGGUACAAGUGUCCUACACGACGGCAAGAACAACGAGUAACAACGGGGGGAUGAGUUUGGAGGUGGGUGUGCCACUGCAGGGAGUGAGUGUUCAUCUGGGUAGUGGAGGAGGGGUGUCAGGAGGGUGCUGCUGCAGUCUACCAGCCCCGUCCAACAUAGAGAGAGAGAACAGCUCCCUCCUCGCCCCUCACGAUGGGGUCAUGAUGAUGAGCAAUGUCUUCACCCCACGUCAGCUCCCGAAGACCCUACAACAACAGCCCUAUUCCCCCUCUGAGUUUGUGUUUGUCGUUGACUGCAGUGGGAGCAUGAGUGGCUCAAACAUCCAGAUUGCCGCCGACACGCUCAUCACCUGCAUCAAGAGCCUCCCGCUCGGGUGCCACUUCAACGUCAUUGCGUUUGGCUCUACCUUCCGACAGCUGUUUCACAAGAGCACAGAGUAUAGCCAGGAGAGCAUGGAGUCUGCCGUACAGUUUGCCAACCAGCUCCAGGCCAGCCUCGGAGGCACCGAGCUCCUAGGGCCGCUACACUGGAUCUUCAAGGCCCAGCGUGUCCCCGGACUCCCUUGUCAGGUGUUCAUAAUCACCGACGGAGGAGUCACCAACACAACCUCUGUCCUGCGCUGUGUCCGUAGGAACAGACACCAAGCAAGAUGUCACACAUUUGGUAUUGGAGGUGAGGUGUGUGUCGAGCUGGUGACUGGAAUAGCGGCGGCCUCUGGAGGUCAGUGUGUCCUCGUCUCACAAGAACAGAGACUUCAGACCAAGGUGAUGGAGGUGCUCAAGGACAGCAUGCAGCCCUCCAUGAGCAACGUCAUGCUCCAGUGGCACCCUCCCAAAGGCUACUCUGUCGUCGACUCCUCUCCUCGUAACCUUGGAACCCUGUUCAGCGGAAACUCCUACUCUGCCUUUGCCUUCCUUCGUUGGACAGACCCAAUGACCAACGGGACACACGAUGCCAACGGCGACGUCAUCAUUCCUGCGGGGAGAGCCACCCUCACUGGACUAGUCAAUGGGGAGCAGGUUGAGAUUGAAAUUGACCCCGUGACCUUCCCGCCACUCUCGGAGGUCCAGGGGGAGGAGAUUACAUCCCUCCUCUCCUCCUCGGCCACCUGGUCCAAACUCUGUGACCUCGAGCUGCAGGCACUCACCAGCUCACGGAAAAACAGCCAGAAUGAAGAGAACAUGAGUGAGCCCCUGGCAAAGAAACCUCGUUUGAACGGGUUGCCCCACACUGCCACACCACAGAAGUCCCUGUCGGAGAAUCCCUUCAGAGAAGAGUUGACAGAUCUGAGUGUCCGCUCUGGGAUUCUGUGUCCCCUCACCUACCUCCAGUCGGAGAACGGAGCCAUUCGGCAGAUUAUUCCCCUCCCCCACAGCUCCCUCAGCAAACCGUCCACCAAGACUGUCCCCACCAUCCCGUCUGCUGCAUCCCGCUGCAACGGUGGCCCGGUACUCAGACACCGCAAGCGCAAACACAGUCACCGCCACCACUAUUACUCCUCUUCUUCGCCGGACUGAGUCCAGAGGCAGGGUUCACCCUCACCGCCCUGGCCAAGAGCACAUUUUCAGCCAUCGGGAACACCCUCAAGACUGUGGCCAGUAUCACCACGUUUGGUCUGGUGGGCCAGGACUCAUCACCCGUCGUGGAGAACGGGCAGAGCAUCGACGACGAGAUUGAGUAUCAAAAGACGCGGAACUCUCGGCUCCACUGGGACGAGACCAAGGGCAACAUUGUCUACCCGGGCGUCUACUACCGCUCUCACCCGGGGAACUCGCGACAUAAUCAUCACAAUCAUCACUCAAAGAGAUCCCGGCGCUCGUCAAAACACCCGUACCACCACCACCGUCCCUCGUCUUCCCGGUCUCCCUCCUCCCUCCUCCCCUCACCCUCACUCCUCACCUCCCCACCCAAUGCCCCCCUCUCCCUGUCACAGCUCCCCGAACUUCAACUACUCGUCUCUGCCACAGUAACACCACCAGUUCCUGCCUCUCUGGUAGACAAUGUUGAUGAAGAUGACGACCUUGCCAUUUCGGACACAGAGAGUGACUCGAGUGUCGACCCUGACUGGGAAGUCCUCCGAAAACCAAAUGAACUCCUCCCCCUUAUCCACAUACAGCUCUUCAGCGGUGCUUGGCCACUCUUGCGGGCCUUCUCCUAUGCCGUCGGAGUCCCCCUCGAAGAGAUCCGCAAGCUGCCCCUGCCAUCAGGGGCUAAUAACCACCAGACCAACGGACACACCAACGGAGAAAAAAGCGACAAAGACGCUCACCUGUGGGCUACAGCGGUUGCUGUGGCCUGUCUGGAGGAGCAUUUCUCUGAGCUGCGAAGUGAGUGGGAAGUGGUGGCAUUCAAGGGUCGAUGUUGGAUGGAGGCGGAAAUCCAGAGCCACAGUAAACUCACUGUGGAGGAGCUUCUGAGAUCUGCUCGUGAACUGGUGCGGCGACGAUCCUAACCACCACCCCACCACUGUCCCUCCUCUCUAUUGUGUGUUGAUUGAUAACUUUUAAUAUCUUCCUUUUGUGCCCUCCGUCUCUGAAUGUAAGGGUUUUAUGUUUCACAAUAAGCAACCUGUAUUAAUCAUGACAGACGAUAUUUUGUUCACCCAAACUCAAUUGUGUAAAGAUACAGCUUUAUCAAAAUUA